UCAUAUUCACUCUAUAUAUCUCAAUUAAUGGGGUGGGCAGUAGUUGUGAAGUUGUUGUUAUUAUGGGUUUUCAUAGUUUUAUUGGUUGAAAACAGAAACCAUGGAGUGGAAGGUUGUGUUGAAGGGGAGAGGAUUGGGUUGCUUCAACUCAAGGCCUCUUUCAUUCGGAACAGUACUAAUGAUGAGAUAAGCCAUGAUUUGGUCCUUCCUUCAUGGGUUGAUGAGAGAGAGAGUGAUUGCUGUGACUGGGAGAGAGUCGCUUGCAACCACACCACAGGCAGAGUGGUGGGACUCACUCUCCAUGAUCUAAGGCAGCUAGGGCCACACUACAACUAUGUUUCUUACGAUGACUGGCCUUCUUUAAAUGUCUCCUUGUUUAAACCUUUUGAAGAGCUGCUGAGUCUUGAUUUAUCUGAGAAUGGAUUUAAUGGCUCCGUUGAAAAUGAAGGUUUUGAAAGGUUGUUGAAAUUGGAGAUCUUAAACGUUGCUUGGAAUCACUUCAAUAACGGUAUCCUAAAACCUUUGGGUUCACUCACAUCACUAAAAACUUUGAAUGUCAGCAACAAUUGGAUGGAAGGAUCUCUUCCUGUCAAAGAGCUAUUAGCUCUAAGGAAAUUAGAGAAGUUGGAUCUAAGCUGGAACAGUUUAAAUGUCUCCCUUCCAGUGCAAGAUUACCAGACUUUGUCAAAGUUGAGCAAGCUAGAGCACCUGAAUCUAAGUUACAACAAUUUCAACAAAGAAAUUCUAAAGUGGUUGGCUAAUCUCCCAGUUCUUAAAUUUCUAUCACUGCAGGGCAAUUGGAUGGAAGGCCCCCUUUCCAACAAUGAUUUGAUUUCAUUCAAGAACUUGGAGGUUCUAGAUCUGAGCAAUAAUCAUUUCACUGGGGACUUGACUUCUCUCAAGGCUCUGUCUUUGGCGUGGAAUGAUCUCAACAACACUUUGUCCAUUCAAGGUUUGUGUGAAUUAAAGAACUUACAAGAGUUGGAUCUUAGUCGUAACUCGUUCGAAGGAAUCCUUCCUCAAUGUUUGAGCAAUUUGAGAUCCCUUAGAGUGUUAGAUCUCUCUAGGAAUCAAUUCACUGGAAACAUUUCUUUUAUAAUAUCAACCCUCACAUCUCUAGAAUACUUCAAUCUUAAUUACAACCAUUUUGAGGGUUUAUUCUCAUUAAGCUCCUUAGCCAAUCAUUCCAAUCUUGAGAUUCUUGAAUUAAUCAGCAGCAGCAACAAUUUGGUGGUUGAAACUGAUGAUUUCUCAAACUGGACUCCCAAAUUUCAGUUGAAAAUCCUUUCGUUAUCGAACUGCAGCCUCACCGGUGAAAUACCCAAGUUUCUUUUCCACCAACACAAAUUAAGAUUUCUUGAUCUUUCCCACAACCACUUGAAAGGAGUGUUACCUUACUGGUUGCUUAAUAAUAAUUCUAGACUUGAAUUUCUGAAUAUGAGGAAUAACUAUCUCACCGGUCAAUUUGAUCUACCACCACGCCUUAACGUGAGUUGGCUGGAUAUCUCGAACAAUAACUUUACGGGGCAACUUCAAGAAAAUAUUUCAAGGAGGCUUCCAUACAUUUCGUAUCUAAAUUUAUCCACAAAUUUUUUCCAUGGCAUUCUUCCGUCAUCACUUUGCAACAUGAGGUACUUAGAGAAAUUGGACUUGUCUCAUAACAAGUUCUCUGGGGAAGUACCAAAGGAACUGAUUUCAGGUUGCAUCAACUUGAGUGUUUUGAAACUAUCCAGCAAUAAAUUUCAUGGUCAAAUACUCUCAACAAACUUCAACUUGACUCACUUAAGCGAGCUGCAUUUGGAUGACAACCAGUUCUGGGGAAUUUUGUCCAACACAAUUUCCAAAAGCCCCCAUCUAGUUGUGUUGGACAUUAGCAACAAUUACUUCUCAGGGAUGAUUUCUAGCUCGAUAAGUAAUAUGACAUUGUAUGCCGUCAUCAUGCGAAAUAAUUCUUUCAAAGGCCAGUUACCAUGUGAAGUAGCUGUAGAUGCGAUUUUGGAUGUCUCUCAUAACUCUCUUUCAGGAUCGUUACCUUCUUGCUCAUACCCAACACAUCAUAUUUAUUUGCAAGCAAAUAAAUUCACAGGACCAAUACCAAAUGCUUUUGUCAAUUCAUCAUCUAUGAGGACGUUGGAUAUUAGCGAUAACAGCUUAUCUGGCAAUAUUCCCAAUGGGAUUAGCGCACUCUUCCACUUAAGAGUACUUCUGUUGAGGGGAAACCAUUUGAGUGGUUUGAAUCCAAAUCAACUGUGUAAGUUGAUUAAGAUAUCCCUUUUGGAUCUAUCCAACAACUAUUUUUCUGGGUCGAUACCUCGUUGCAUUAGUAACUUCUCUUUUGGCCCAAAUGACCACGGGUUUUUUCAAUUAGGCCAUUAUAUUUCGGGUACGAAGAGUAGGUUGAAUACGCCAACAUAUGGAAGUUUCUUAAUGAGAACAUUCCCAUUGGGUGAAUAUGAUGUAUUUGAUACACCAGUACUAGCAGAAGCCGAGUUUGUUACAAAAAGAAGUCCUAGGUCUUACGAGGGUGAUAUCCUGAAUUACAUGUCAGGAUUGGAUUUGUCAUGCAACAACCUAACAGGUGAAAUCCCUCAUGAGCUAGGAGAGCUAGUUGAGAUUCGUGCAUUGAACUUGUCUCACAAUCAGUUAAAAGGAUCCAUCCCUAGAACAUUCUCUAGCCUGACUCAAAUAGAGAGCUUGGACCUUUCUUACAAUAAGUUGAGUGGAGUGAUCCCUACGGAGCUGAUUGUUCUGAAUUUUCUCGAAGUCUUUUCUGUAGCUCACAACAACUUAUCGGGUAGAACUCCUGACAUGAAGUUCCAAUUUUCGACAUUUGAUGGGAGCAGCUACGAGGGAAAUCCUUAUCUUUGUGGACCACAAUUAAAGAAAAAUUGUACCACUAUUGUUCAAUCUCCAAACACACCAACAACAAUUUCAGAAGAAAGUGAGGCAAAAUGGUAUGAAAUCGAUCCAGAGGCUUUUUAUGUUACUUUUUAUGUGUCAUACGUCAUGUUCUUAUUGGCAAUGGCUUCUGUUCUGGCUAUCAAUCCGUAUUGGCGAAGAAGGUGGUUCAAUUUCAUUGAGGAGCAUAUGUAUUCUAGCUAUUACUUUGUUUCUGAUUCUUUCUACAAGCUAUUGGCUCAUUAGUAUAAUUAGUUAUUGUUCGCUUAAAUAAA